CGCCAAAAUGGGCGUCUCCGCCAUCAGCGACCUGGAGACAGUCCACAAAGUUGAGUACGUUGUCAGCGACCUAAACACCUCCUCAGUCACCCUCUUUCCCUCCAGAGCUCAGGUACACCGAGAAAUCAAAGGCAUCCAACUCAAGCGAGGCACCAACGAAGUCACCAUCGUCGGCCUCAGCCAGACCGCCGACCCCGACUCCAUCAGAGUCGAGAGCAACGGCACCGCCACAGUGACCAACCUGGAAGUCGAAUCGGUGCCCAACCGCCAGCGCUUCGACGAAGUCUAUCCCGAGUCUGAAUCGGAAUCCGAGUCCGAGUCCGACGACGACGACCACGAAUCAUCCGACGAUGAGGUCACGACAGAGGAUGCGGAACUGGCUUAUGCUCGGGGGGAGCUUGAAGGGUUUAGAGAGGAGCUGGCGACUGUCACGGAUGACAUCGGCAAUGCGCAGAAGCGGCUGUAUCUGCUGGAGCAAGUGCACAGUCUCAAUGAGCGCAAGAACAAUGACUUUAUACAAGCCACCCUCGAGCAGUACAAGGAGGAGCGUUCAAAGGCCUUUCAAGAUCUGAGCCGAAGCCUAAGCCUGCAGAAGAAAUGCACCAAGCUCGUGGAACAGGCCGAGAAGAAGGUCAGCAAGCUACAGCGUGCGGAGGACAAGCGGAAUGCAAAGGAGAACAAGGCAAAAGCACGAGCGAGGAAGGAAAAGCAAAAGAAGAAGGCCCUCAAGGAGAGGCUCAAGGCCGAGGCCAGGCGAGAGCGCCAGCGCCUGCGCGAAGAGCAGCAGGACUUCUGGCCGCUCGAGGUCUUGAGCGUGCGCAUCACGCUCGAGGUCGUCGCCAUGACGCCCAUGACCUCGCGCCGCGGCUCCACGUCCAGCGACGCCGACGUUGUCCAGAUCCCGGACGCCCCAGCCGAAGGCGACGGAGACGACGCUGGUCCAGUCGAGUGCAAUCUCGCCUUCUCCUACGUGACAUCGUCGGCGUACUGGACGCCGAGCUACGAUCUCCAGCUGUCGACGACAAACGCCUCCGCGUCGCUCUACUUUGACGCCAUGCUCACCAACCAGACCAGCGAGUCGUGGAAGAGCUGCAAGGUGACGCUGUCGACGUCGCAGGCGACCUUCUCCGGGCUGUACGACACGAUCCCCAAGCUGAACCCCUGGCGCAUCAAGCUCGCGUCCCGGGGCCAGCGCUUCUCCAUGAGCAGCGACAUCACGCGCAGCGCCGAGGAGGUUUCGUAUGCGAUGAGCAGCGUCCAUCACGCGCCGAUGCUGCUCCAUCAGGACAACGCCAGGCGGAAGAAGAUGUCUUCCGCCCCUCCGCCAGCACCGGGAGCAUCGGCCUUUGGCGGCCUGUUUGGCUCUUCCGCUGGGCCUUUCGGAUCUGCCGCCCCGGCUUCUGCUAACUCCAUCGCAGCGCAAUACCAGCAAGCUCAGCAGCAGCAAGCCCAGCAGCAGCAAGCCCAGCAGCAGCAGCAGCAGCAGCAGCAGGCUCUGCAAUCAGAGAACGUGCUCAACGACUUCGACUUUGACGCCUUCCUCAACGACGGCGCCCAGCCCAACGACGGCUACGACGCCUCGCUGGUGGAGGAGACGGGCCUCACGACGACAUACGACCUGCCCGGCCUCAAGACGCUCGUGCCCAAGAACAACGGCUCCAAGCAGCGCGUGGCGCGCAUCCCCUUCUCCAACGUCGCCUUCAGCCACACCGUCGUGCCCAAGUACAAGCCCGUGGCGUACCUCAAGGCGAAGCUCAAGAACGGCAGCAAGAUGGCCCUGCUCAAGGGCGGCGCCAGCCUGACGCUCGACGGCACCUUUCUGGGCAAGACGUCCCUGCCGCGGUGCAGCUCGGGCGAGUCCUUCAGCCUCAGCCUGGGCGUGGACCCCGCCAUCAAGGUGACGUACUCCAAGCCCGAGGUCCGGCGGACGACGGCGGGCCUGUUUGGCAACCAGGACAGCUCGGUGUACGUGCGGGCGAUGACGCUGCACAACACGAGGGCCGUCGGGGGCAGGGCCGUGGCUCUGCUGGUGCUGGAUCAGGUGCCCGUUUCGGAGGACGAGAAGCUGCGCGUCGAGGUGUCGUAUCCGAGGGGCUUGACGGCGGAUGGCACGGGCGUUGCCUGUGGUGAGGCUGGCAAGGAGGGCAAGGAUGAGGGUUGGGGGAAGGCUGUGGCGAGGCUGAAGAAGGAAGGGCUGGUGAGCUGGGAUGUGACCUUGAAUGCGGGCAAGACGGUCAAGUUGUCGUUGGAGUAUGUUGUUUCUCUGCCCAGUGGGGAGACGGCGCAUCAGGUUUGA